CCGGGCCUCUCUUUAACUUCUCCGGGAGAGGCGCGACCGACUCUCCGCUCCGACUCGGAAGUGUUUCCGAGACGGCCGAGACGAGGCGGCAUGAGCGCGGCGCACGGCGGAGCAGCGCGGGCGCUGCGGCUGCCGGGCCGCCACGGCUAUGCGGCCGAGUUCUCCCCCUACCUGCCGGGCCGCCUGGCCUGUGCCACCGCGCAGCACUACGGCAUCGCGGGAUGUGGAACCUUACUUGUGUUGGAUCAGAAUGAAUCUGAGCUUAGGGUUUUUCGAAGUUUUGACUGGAAUGAUGGUUUGUUUGACGUGACCUGGAGUGAGAACAACGAACAUGUCCUCGUCACGUGCAGCGGCGACGGCUCACUGCAGCUCUGGGAUACGGCCAAAGCGGCAGGGCCCCUACAAGUCUACCGAGAGCACACGCAGGAGGUAUAUAGUGUUGAUUGGAGCCAAACCAGAGGUGAACAGCUCGUGGUGUCUGGCUCAUGGGAUCAGACUGUCAAAGUGUGGGACCCAGCAAUUGGAAAGUCUCUGUGCACCUUCACAGGCCAUGAGAGUGUCAUUUAUAGCACAAUCUGGUCUCCUCACAUCCCUGGCUGUUUUGCUUCAGCCUCAGGCGACCAGACUCUCAGAAUUUGGGACAUGAAGACGGCAGGAGUGAGGAUUGUGGUUCCAGCGCACCAGGCGGAAAUUCUGAGCUGUGACUGGUGUAAAUACAAUGAGAAUUUGCUGGUCACAGGUGCAGUGGAUUGUAGUUUGAGAGGCUGGGACUUAAGAAAUGUACGACAACCAGCGUUUGAGCUUCUUGGUCACACCUAUGCUAUUAGGAGGGUGAAAUUUUCACCAUUUCAUGCUUCAGUGCUGGCCUCUUGCUCUUACGAUUUUACUGUAAGAUUCUGGAACUUUUCAAGACCUGAUCCUCUUCUUGAAACAGUGGAGCAUCAUACAGAAUUCACCUGUGGUUUAGAUUUCAGUCUUCAGAGCCCCACUCAGGUGGCUGACUGUUCUUGGGAUGAAACAAUAAAGAUCUAUGAUCCUGCUUGUCUUGCUGCUCCUGCUUGAGAUCUGCUGUGGUCAGAACCAGAGGUUGCCUGAAUACGGCGUAAAAGCACCAUUAAACUCGUGACAACACAGCUGUCAUGCUUUGGCAAAUGCCAUUCGGAUUUCAACUUUUUCAAAUUUACCCUGCAGUCUGUUCUGAGGCAGCUAACAAAGACUCUGGCUCAUCUAGGCCUGGUAUAUAAGCCAUAUUUCUGAAAAUCCUAUGGAAUAAUUGAUGUUAUAAUGUCUAUUAAAAUGUAACUUCUGUUGUGAAAUGGACUAAAGUGUGAGAGAUCAGUAGAUUAUAUUGAUAGUUACAUAUUUAAUUCUUAUGUCACUUUUGAUGAAAAGAAAAUAGUCACUGCUGUUGAAAUCAAAAUAAACUACGUCUCUUGAUAAUUUAUCACUCAUGAUAUCCUCAAUUAGAUUGUUCCAGCAUGUGUGUAUUUGCAGGACUACCUGUCCAGAGGUAGUUGUCAGGGCUGUAAUCAACAUUUCAUGUGUUCAUCUAUUGAGUAGUUGUUUGUUGGGCAUUUACUGUGUGCCUGGCAGACUCAGUGAGAUUCUCUCCAGGACUGGUACCAUGGUUUCAGAGCAUGAACUGCUGUGAGUUAAGAGCUUCCUUUAUUAAACAUUUUUUGCAUGCUGUGUUAGGUAUUUGUUACUUUCAUAACACACUGUUUCCAUUUUUCUGCUAUCAGAAAAUUUUAAAACUGUUUAUUAAAUAAAGUCUUAGGUCUUGCUAACGCUUCCAGCUAUUGCCCUUGAAGCUAGUCUUCAAUAAUGCCAUAAGCUUCCUGGCUACCUCCCUGAGUCUCCUAGAAAAAUCUCUAGAUAUACAAUAAUUAGAAAAAUGUAUGUCUUAAAGACUUACUUGUUUGAAAGGCAGAGUAAUGGGAAAAAGAGAGUAAGGAGAAGAGAAGAGAGAAAAAAGAGCAAGACAGACAAAGAGAAAUAUCUUUUCUCUGCCCAAAUAUUCACUCCCCAAAUAGCUGCAACAGUGCAAC